UACUUAUAGAGAUUAUCGUAUACACAAUAUCGAGUAUCUUUUUCUGUUGUAGUUUCGAUGACUUAUCGUUGGACUACACGUGCAGCAAAUUCAAUUUUGUAAACAAUAAUAUACAAAAUAAAAUGCUGGCAAACGUAGCGGAAAAGAGAUAUGCAGCAGAAGCACGCUUUACCAACUUCUAUGCUGGCAGUGAUAUUGUUUGGACCGAAGAUGGAGAACAUUUCUAUUGUCUCAACGGCGACGUUGUGAACAAAGUUAAUGUGCAGAGCUCACAAAUUGUGGCUAGUUUUGGCGAAAACGCUAGCGAUGAUGUUGACAAUAAGCCGAAACCAAAAGUCGCCGAUGAUGAUAUUGAUGUGGAUGUGGACAGCAUUAAUUGCUUCGCCAUGUCGUCGGAGCAUUUGGUAACUGCACAUCGCAGUGGCUUGCUGCGAUUGUGGGAGCUGAGCACACGCAAGCAAGUCAAACUGUGGAAAGCUCAGCACAAGGGUCCUGUCAUACAUCUUGAGUUUAGUCCUUGUGGCAAGAUAAUCUGCAGCAGCGGCGGCGCAGACGCUACUUUGCGACUCUGGGACUUUAAGAACAACAGCUGUCUUUGUGCGCUCAAGGAAUUCCCAGGCCCGGCUAUGCUGCUGCGUUUCCAUCCCAAUCCCACGAUAAGCGAGAUCUAUGCUGUGGGCAGCGACAAUUCAAUUUACGCUUGGAACUACAGUACAAAGACAUUGCUACAUUGCAUGCGCGGUCACAUUUCCCAAGUAACAGGUCUCAGCUUUCAAAACACAGCUGCCGACUGUACACAAAUUGUGACUGUGGGCCGCGAUAAAGUGCUGAUUGUAUGGCAGCUGCAGGACAAGAGCUGGAGUCAACUUAAAGUAAUACCGUUAUUUGAGGAGCUUGAGGGCGUGGAGCACAUAGCAGCUGGCGCUUUGGUAUUGGCAGCUUGCCGAAACGGCAAACUGCUGCAGUUGGAGACAAGUAGUUGGAAAAUUAAAGAGCUCUUGGCAUCAAGCGAUUUUGAGGUGACACGCUUGCUAAACUGCAACAAGGCAGAGCAACUGACGCUGGUGACCAGCGAGCAAAACAUGCUGGUCUAUGCUGUAAGCAUCGAUAAAAAAGUCGCCAGCCUACAGCUCGUGAAGCAGCUGGUUGGAUUCAAUGAUGAAAUACUGGACAUGUGCUUCUUGGGCGACAACGAUCGCUAUCUGGCCAUAGCAACAAACAGCAAGCACUUUAAGCUCUACGACACAGAGCAGCAGAUGAAUUGCAGCCUUAUUAGCGGGCACACAGAUACGGUCAUGUCGCUGGCGGCCUCGCAUAAUCUGCUGCUAACGGUGGGCAAGGACUGCAGCAUACAUUUGUGGAAGCUAAACCAUGAGGCCAACUGUCAGUUGGAGCACUUGAUGCAGCAAAACAAUUGCCAUACGGCAACCAUUGGCAGUGUGGCCUUCACGCAUAAUGGCGCCACCGGUUUCGCAUCCGCUUGCCAGGAUGGCAGCAUGAAAGUCUGGCAGCUGACACGCGAGAAGGGCGAACGCAAAUCCUAUGCCUUUUCCCUGCGUUAUGCAGCCUUGGCACACGACAAGGAGAUCAACUGUGUGAGCUAUGCAUUGAACAACAAAAUCUUGGCCACCGCCUCGCAGGACAAGACGGCCAAGCUCUGGGCUGCCGACAGCCAAGCCAUGCUGGGCGUGCUGCGUGGUCAUACGCGUGGCGUCUGGUGCGUGCGCUUCUCCCCAGUUGACCAAAUAGUGCUUACCUCCUCCUCCGACUGCAGUCUGCGCAUUUGGUCCAUUGCCAACUUUAGCUGCCUGAAGCGUUUGGAACAGGAGUGCACCAUACUGCGCUGCGAGUUCUUGGAUCAUGGCAAGUUUAUACUGUCGGCCUCCUCGGAUGGUCUGCUCAAGCUCUGGAACAUAAAGACCAACAUCUGCGUGCAGUCCAUUGACGAGCACAGCGAUCGCGUCUGGUCGCUGGCAGUGUCGAGCAGCAGCAAUCGUUGCUUUUACACAGGUGGUGCCGACUCCAAGCUGAUACGCUUUGGCGAUAUUACGGAUGAAGUGCGCAACGAGGCGUUGGCAGAACGUCAAGGCAUGCUGGAGCAGGAGCAGACGCUGCAGUCCUUGCUGCAUGAUCAAACGCAGCUGGAGAAAGCUUUUAUGCUAGCGCUGACGCUAGACAAACCCAAGACCACAUACGAAAUAAUUUGUCACUUUGUGCGCAAGCGUGACACUGCUGGAGUGCAUCAACUUGUAGAUCAGUUGAAUGUGGAUCAGCGUCUAUCGCUGCUGCAUCAUGUCAAGGCCUGGGGCACGAAUUCACGUCACGCGCUGAUUGCCAACCAAGUGCUGAAGCGACUGCUGGGCGAAGCUUUGCUUGAUCCUGCACAAAAGCUGUACAACAAUGCUAAUCUUGUCGAGACACUCACGCCGUACGUGCAGCGACAUUUCAAGCGUGUGACCGAACUGCAAAAGGAUCUGGCAUUCCUGGAGUUCAUAAUUAAAAGCAUGUAGAUUGUUAAACAUUUAUUACUUAAGUUGUAAAUAAUUAAAUACGUGUGCUCA